GUGUAUGGUCCUUUAAAUGCCCGCUGAGGAGGCACCAGAGAUCAGCAGGCAGGAGACGUUCGGCCUCGUCAGCUUACAACGGGCGAAAUGGACUGAUAAGCAUCACUGUUUGGGGCGAUGUUCAGAUUUGUUUGCCAUGGAAACGGAUAUGACACACAAAUUCUCCUCAAAAGACGAGGAAAUUGACUUCUGGAAGGCUCUUUCUCUCAAGUACAAGGAAAGCUGCCAGGAGGCCCGGGAGGAGCUGCUGGAGUUCCAGGAGGGGAGCAGGGAGCUGGAGGCCGAGCUGGAGGCUCAGCUGGGCCAAGCCGAGCGCCGCAUGAAGGACCUGCAGUCGGAGAACGGGCGACUCAAGAACGAAGUCGAGGCGAUGAAGGAGAGGUUUGAGCAUCAGUACACUCAGAGCUACAAGCAGAUCUCCAUGCUGGAGGACGACCUCGGGCAGACACGCAGCAUCAAGGAGCAACUGCACAAAUACGUGCGCGAGCUGGAGCAGUCCAACGACGACCUGGAGAGAACCAAAAGAGCCACCAUCGUGUCUCUGGAGACCUUCGAGCAGCGCCUGAACCAGGCCAUCGAGCGGAACGCCUUCCUGGAGAGCGAGCUGGACGAGAAGGAGUCUCUCCUGGAGUCCGUGCAGAGAUUAAAGGACGAAGCCAGAGACUUGCGGCAGGAGCUGGCGGUACGGGAGCGGCAGUCGGACGGCAUCAGGAUGUCGGCUCCGAGUUCUCCCACGCAGGAGAAGGAGAAGACGGACGCGGCCGCUCAGGCCGCCUCCCUCUCUCUGCCGGCCACCCCGCUGAGCCAAGGUGUGGACAACGCCUUCGCCAACACGACGGUUCUGUCAAACGGUUUCGGCAGCAACUCUCCGCUGACUCCUUCGGCCAGAAUAUCGGCCCUCAACAUCGUCAGCGAUCUCCUGAGGAAAGUCGGGGCUCUGGAGUCCAAGCUCGCCGCUUGCAGGAACUACGCCAAGGACCAGAAGGCCAGUAAGGCGUACGCCCUCGACAACAGCAACGCGCUCAACGCCAACAACGCCAACUACUCGCAGGCGCUGCACGCGUCCUACUUCGACAAAGCCAGGACUGUGAACGGACUGAAGGCCAGGACCCUGACGGCCAUCACCGCCCCCCCCGCUGCCUCCUCCCCCGGCCUCGUGCCGCUCGCGGUGUGACAGUGUAAAUAAAAAAAGAAUAGCGAGUGAGGCCCCACACAAAAACUGUAAACCUUUAUUGACCUGCUGUUUAAUGAACGGUCCCUGUCUGCAUAUUCCACGUGUUACUGUUAUUCUUCUCUCGUACUUAGAUUCCUGCAGCUCACCCUGAUUUGUGAAAUGUCGUCUAAAGAGGGAAAUAUUAUGCAAAUGAAAUGCGCCCCCCCACACACACACACUUUAACUACCAGUCUCUGUGUGUAUCCUCUGGACGACGUGAGAUGAUGUGUACAGUAUUGGUCAUAUUGAUCGUUAUCUAUGAGCAGAAAGUUCAGACCAGCAUUCUCGUCUUCUGUAGUCGAGUGAUUUCUGUUUUUAAAAAGCUUUUGAUUAUUACUUGACAGUGAAGCACUCAGUCAUGUGAUCUCACCUUUUUAUUUAUUUCAUUCAUGUGCAAUAUUAACUUUUUUAUUUUGUGGGUUUAAUUUAUUUCAGAUAUCGUUUGUGGCAUGUUUUAAUAAAAUGUAAUUAAAUUAAACUUAUCUGUUACACAUAACUCGUUCAAUCUGUUUUGACACCAGAGGUCAUUUACUCAUUAUAUUUGCAGCCGCAACUAUUGAAUAGUUUAUUUUUGUUAUUAUUCAAGAAUUUCAUUUUAGGCUUUGCAUCAAAUAUACUUGCUUUAGACCUUUAUUUUUACUUCAUCGUAAUUUAUUUAACCAUUUCGAAAACAGUUGAGGUAUAAUAAGUUUUUUGGUGAUCUGGACAAGACAGCAACAAGUUGAAAAUCAAUCUGCAGUCUUUUUAAACUGGAUUGUUUGUUAUUCUGCUAGUGAUAUUAAAAAACGUAACGAAUGAAA